UUAUUUAACAAAACGUGUCAACACGACACCAAAUCCCUUCAGUCAUAGCAGCAAUGUAUUUCAAACCACUCCUCCUACUUCUUCUAAUUUUCAAAAAUGUUUCACUAGAAGAAUCCAACAGCAGCGAUGAGUCCAACCCCCACUCCUCUCUUUACAAGACCAUCAACGACCGCCUCACCAAAAUCGAGCAACAACUCAAAACCAACAAAGAUCUAGAAGAACUAAAAUCGCAACUGCGCCAAAUCGACGAAAGUCUGGACGACUUCGCCGAAAAGUUGAAAAAGAACAACCGACUUUGGCAAACUCUCCAUAGACAGAUCGUCGACAUCAGGAAGGCUGUGAAGGACGAACGUAGGGAGCAUUUGCCUGAAGACUGCAAGGAUGUCCAGAGAGGUGGUCAAAACUCCAGUGGGGUGUACACGAUCCAGCCGGAUUUUGCCCCGGUGCCGUUCCUGGUUUUCUGCGACAUGGACACCAUGGGUGGCGGAUGGGCGUAUUUUUUGAACCGGUUUGAUGGCGGUCAGGAUUUUUAUUUGGGGUGGGAUGAGUACAAAAGCGGGUUUGGGAAUCUGGCUGGGGAGUUCUGGUUGGGGCUGGAUCGGCUGCACUAUUUGACAGGUUAUGAAGUGAAUGAGUUGCUGGUGGAGUUGGAAGAUUGGGAUGCCCAGAAGGUGUACGCGAGGUAUGAUGCUUUCAGUGUGGGGGAUCAGGACGAGGAGUAUAUUUUGAAGUUGUUGGGGGAUUACAAAGGGAACGCGGGGGAUUCGCUGGUUUAUCACGCAGGGAUGAAGUUUACCACGAAGGACAAGGAUAAUGAUAGGUACAAUGCGGGAAAUUGUGGGAGUUAUAGGGGGGGCGGUUGGUGGUACAAACAGUGCACUGAUAGUCAUUUGACUGGGAAGUAUCUCAAAGGGAACACGUCUCCCAAGGAUGAGUAUAAGGUUAUGUAUUGGGACGAGUUUCGUGGGUCCGAUUAUAGUCUUAAGACGGCGAGGAUGAUGGUUCGACCUUUAAACAACAAUGGAGACUCAUCAGAAGAAAAUUAGUGCUGGUGUAUUCAGUUUUUGAUUGUAUAGUUUUUCUAAAUAAUAACUUUUAGCAGC